CUAGGAAUAUAUGAGCCUGUAAUUGCGUAAUCCCUCUGGUAGACCCAUCGAAAACCUCUUUUGAUCCGUUUCCUCAGAAUUUUCACCCAGAUCCCAAUUUCUCGCUUCUGAUCGUCUCCGUUCUCUGAAAUGGCUUCUAAUGGGAGAUCUGCGGAGGCAGGAAAUGCAGAGAGCAGCUUGGAGAAGAUCAAGCGACAGCUGACGUCAGGGUCGGGGAAAUAUUUGCUUCAGGGUCCUCUUUUGAAACGAUCAGAGACGCUAAGGAAAUGGAAUGAGCGUUGGGUGAUUCUAGAUCCAACUACAGGAAAAAUGGAGUACAAAAUUCGGAGAAAUGAACCAGGUAUUAAAGGAACCAUCAUGUUUGAUUCAAACAGCGUUAUCACAAAUUCACCAAUAAACUUCCAUGGUUUGCCAAAAUAUGAUGGCUGCUGUUUUUGUAUCCAUAAUCAUAGUCUAUGUUAUUUCUAUGAGUCAGUUUUUGUUCUUAUUUGGACUUUUAGACAAAAUAUCCAGUUCUUUCUUGUUGAAGGUAGUGAAACAUAUCGAGUUCCUCAACUGCUCCUGACCCUUUGGUGUACCUACGCACUACUCCGCUGCUCCCAUCCUGCGGUUUAA